GACUGUAUAGCUAGGGGUCAGCUGUUGUUCAAGGACAAAACGUCCUUUCUACGUGUAUUUCGAAUAUAUUUCGAUUUUUCUCCUUUAUCUGGACACAUUCAGCCAAUAUUCGUAAAAUUUACAUGAUACAAUGGGUAGCUCACAAUCUACACCUGACCAACCGAAAGAAAUAGUGCCGAAAGGCCUCCAGAGAGAAGUAGUUGUUAUACCGGUUGACCCAAGUCGUCAAGCUGAAGCAGCUUUUGAAUGGUACGCGAAACAUGUGUACGAUAGAAAGCACAAAGUGCAAGUGCUGUAUUGUCAAGAGCCGAUCCAGGGUAAUCCUUAUUACCCAGAACAUACGUUCAAAAGGUACCGAGCCCAUGCUCAUAAGUCAACGAAUAAAGUUCAUAUUAUUCACUGUCAGGAAAUCGAACAUCCGGCUGGCGAGAACUAUCCUGAUUACGCUGUAGCUCCUGAAUCUUGGGCAGAGCAAUUUGAAAAAGCAAAAUCAGCAGGAAAGGAUCUAGUUGAAAAAUAUGAAACAAAAUUGAAAAACUAUGGAAUGGAAGGAAGUGUUUCAGCGGAAGUUGGUAGACCAGGUGAACUGAUCGUUAAGUCGGCGCACGAUAAUCAUGCUUCGCAAAUUGUAAUGGGUACCAGAGGCUAUGGAAUAGUCAGAAGAACAAUUCUUGGAAGUGUUAGCGAAUACGUAAUUCAUCAUUCUAACGUACCAGUGACUGUCGUUCCAAAAGAAACUCAAAGUUGGUUCUUUUAA